AUGGCCGUGGCCUUCCUGUCGGCACAGAGGAGCAAAGAUCCCAAUUCCCAGGUGGGAGCCUGUAUCGUCAACGCAGAAAACAAGAUCGUGGGCAUCGGGUACAACGGGAUGCCCAACGGGUGCAGCGACGACCUGCUGCCUUGGAGGAGGACAGCGGAGCGGAAGCUGGACACCAAGUACCCUUACGUGUGCCACGCCGAGCUGAACGCCAUCAUGAACAAGAACUCGGCCGACGUGAAGGGCUGCACCAUCUACGUGGCCUUGUUCCCGUGUAACGAAUGCGCGAAGCUCAUCAUCCAGGCAGGUAUCAAAGAAGUUAUAUUCAUGUCUGAUAAGUACCACGAUAGCGAGGAGUCCACCGCCGCCAGGCUCAUGUUUGAUAUGGCUGGGGUCGCCUUCAGGAAAUUCACACCCAAGUGCAGCAAGAUUGUCAUUGACUUUGAUCCCAUCAACAGCAGGCCCAGCCAGAAGCUUCAGUGA